AUUAACUGUCAAUUUAACCUCAACAAAUGUGAGUGAGUGUGAUAGUAGUGAUUUUAGAAUUUUAUAUAAAUAAUAUUAAAAAUGGCAUCAAAUAACACUUCCCGACAUUCGUUAUUUUCAACUCCCCAAGCGAAUCGAAAAUCUUCGUCAUGUAUGCGACGAUCGCUCUCACAAAUCAACAUGAAAGAGCCCAAGGAAACUUUGUUUAGCACGUUGAUGAAUGAUCCUUUAAAGAAAGCUUUAUUGAUGCAGCUUUUAGCUAAUCACAAAAAUGACGAGAAAGAAAUCAUGGAGUUGCAGAAGAAGAAAGAUAAAAAUAAAUUAACAAAGACAAAUAACUUUAGUCCAAUGAGUGCUUAUAGAAAGAAAGUUUUUGCUGCUGAAAUUAGUUCACCCACUCAGAAAGUUUAUAUUCGAGCCCCACUUCCGUUUAAUAAAUUGUUGUGUGGUGUUGUUGCUUAUGUGGAGAUUAUUAGUAGAGGUCAGGAUAGGUCGAGUGGGGUUAAGGUGUUGUUAAAGACAAUGGGAGGGAGAGUUUCUGAAUUUAUUUGUAAAGGGAUAACACAUGCUAUAAUUAAAGAUGUGUCUUAUGAAACUUAUAAAAGAGCUAAUUUGGUUAAAGCCCAAUUAGUUUCUGUUCUUUGGUUGGAAGCUGUUCGAAAAAAUCAUUGUAGGGUACCCGAAAAGCAUUAUCCUGCAUUAGGUCCACAAGCAUACAGCUCAAAUGUUUCUUUGCUAUGUGAGGAAUUACAACAAGAGUAUGCAGAAGUUGUUGAAGAUGAAUUAGAAUGCAGUAGAAAUUUGCAAAAGAAGAUGGAGGAGGGUUUAAGUGCUCAUUUUGGAGAAAAUGUCGUUAAUUCAAGUAUAUCAGGGGAUUCAUUCAUAUCGUCGGGAAUUGGCACUAUUUUUCAACAUUCAAAGGGAGAGAAUAAAGAAAAUAGUCAACAUAUAUCUUUAGGUGAAGAUGAGAAUGUUGAUACUUCUGAGCAUUCUCUCAAUAUGCCUUCAAAAUCUAAUAAAAAAAGUAUUGCUUCAUCUGACUCAAUAGAAUCAAAUAAAGCUAAACAAAGAACCACAUCAAAGGGUUUUAAAAGGUCUAUGACUCCUUCUGAGUCUGUAGAAUCUUUAAGAAUUUUAUCAGAAAGUUCUAAACAAAGAACAACCGCAUCGAGUGCCUUAUCUUCAUUGCGAAUUUCCACCGAAUCUAAUAAAUCAAAACAAGAACCAAACAUUGCUUCUGAACCCAUUGAAUCUUUACGGUUAUCUUCAAACAGUUCAAAUCGACGUUCAACCCGAUCAAGCGCGUUAUCCUCAUUAAAAAUAUCCCUCGAUAAUGGGUUUAAUAAAAAAAUUUCUGGCGGUGUUUCCGAACCUAUUGGUUCUUUACGUAUAUCAUCAGCAAGUUCUAAACGAAGAACGCCGGAAUCAUCUGUUGCAUUAUCUUCUUUACGUGUUUCAUUGAGUGAUGAUUCAAAAGAAAUUAGUAGCGAUUCUGAAUCGUCAAGAAGAUCUUCUAAUAGGUUAAAAAAGAAAAUGACGAGUUUUGAAACGAAUAAGUCUAAUACAGAAAAUGAUUCAACUGAAAAUGGAAAUUUAAGUCCUGAAAUUCCGAUACAAAAGAAUAUUUAUGUGCAUAUUACUGAAAGGAAAAAAAGUCGGGCUCGAUUAAAUUUUUCAUCUAGUGAUGAAAAAGAAGCUAUUAAAAGUAGUUCUGUAAAAAAGACAAAAAUUAAUACAAAUAAUGCGAGUGUUGUUAAAAGAAAACAAUUAAAUUUUUCCUCAUCAGAUGAUUCGAUAAAUGAUGUUAAAUUGAGGAGUAAUUUGGAAAUUUCUUCAAUUUUGAUGACUCCAAGCGCAAAAAAGAUUUUGGACGCCCUUCAAAAUAGUCCAUCAAAAAAUGAUAAUAACAAUCAACAAAAUUCUUCUAUUUCCAAAAAUUCAAGCGCAAAAAGAAACCUCCACAAUAAUAGUUCUGAAAAUGAUUCUGACAAAUCUCAAAGAGAUGAUAAAUCGAAGAAAACUCGCAAAAGAAAAUUGUACAAUGAAAACGAUGUUAUUGCGCAAAUCCUAGAUAACGAUAAAAAAACGGUAACGACUCCAAAGAGUAAAAAAUUUCCUGAAAAUGUUAUUUCAAAAACGAAUACAACUGAUGAUAAUUUAUUUAAAACCCCCGGAAAACCGGUAAAAGAGAAAAAGGUAAACGAAAAGAAAUUAACUCAACAUAAUUCUUCUCAAGGUGUUCGCUCUUCACAAAGAAUUCGCAGAAGUACUUUAGAUUUUUUACCUAAAGAAUCUUUUAGAACCCCAAGAAAAUAUAAUACACCCGUAAAGCCGAAGAAAAUCACCAGCAUCGUUUGUUCAAGAUUUCAUACUAAAGAAUCGAUAAAAUUUGAAGAAAUUGUAAAAAAAUUGGGUAAUUUUAUAACUGAACGCGAUGUUACCGAGGAUACUUCACAUUUAAUUUUGGCCGAGCCGAAACGAACUAUUAAUGUGCUUAGGGCGAUGGCAAGAGGUUGUUGGAUAUUAAGAUCUGAAUGGUUAUAUAAAUCUUUACAAGAAAAGAAAUGGUUACCAGAAGAGAAUUAUGAAAUGACGGAAUUUUCAAUGGCUGUACAAAAAUCUCGACAAGAAAAACAAGCUUUUGGAAGAAAUUAUACGAUGGAUUUAUUUAGCGAUUGCGGAAAGAUUUACAUUGCGAAAACAUCGACUCCUCAAUGUGGUGACCUUCAAAAAUUAGUAAAACUAUGUAAAGGUAAAAUAACAACAAUCCGAAAAAAUGCAGAUAUAAUCGUUGGGGAAUACGUAGAGGGGACCAUUAAGUGCGUCAAGGAAAAUUGGAUUCUGGAUUGUAUACAAUUUUAUAAAACCCAGUCUUUCAAGUCGUAUUUAUUGUUCUCACCACCUUAAAAUAAGUUAUUAUACUUUCAAUUCAGUUCAUUAUUUAGUUUUUGACUAUAUAAUAUUUGUUUAUAUAUAUUUAUUUUUUGUACCUGUAUUAAAAUUCAUUGAAUUAUAUAUUUUUAAGAUAAAUCUGUUUUUGUUAUGUAGGAAAAUUGAAGAAUAGUUUCAAUUAAUUUUUAUCUUUCAUCGUAUUUCGCUUCAUUACCAAGAUUUUUAAGUUUAAAAAAAUUUAUUUUUAUAACAACCCUGUUUUCGUUUCGUUCCACAAUGAUCCGGAACUGAGUCAUCGUUCAAAAAUCUGAGCCAGGUGGGAGGAGUUCGUCCACUUGGAAUAUAUCCAAGAAAUAAAAAUUUUCAAUGUUGCAGCUCUGCCCGAUUGAGAACACAUAAUCCUUUUUAAAUUAGUAAAUUUUUUUUUAACGAAAAUUCUAAGAUUAUUUAUCUUGAACCGGUAUUGAUAUUAUAGGAAUUUUCAACGAAAGCAUACCAACACAUAAAACAGUUCGAAUUGGCAUGUUCAUAUAAAUAGCCCAACAACGAAUUGACUGUGUUUGAAAUUUCCCGUUACUCUACUUUUUACGAUCGCGCGUUUUGAGUAUUUAUGUUAAAAUUGAAAGAUUUUUUGCAUGAAGAAUAUUUUCCAGCUUUUCUUAAUAUAGAAUAAGGUCACGUUAGUAAUUUACAUUGGGCGAUAUGAGUUACACCUUCUCAAAAUAGAUCUCGAUUAAAUCUGAAAGCAUCACUUGUACUAAUGAUCCCUUCUCUCUCCCUCUUAACUUUUUUAAACGCUAUAAAAUUAAGUGGAGCUGACCAGGCCACUAUAAAAACUGUUAGUCAAUAUUAUCGAUGAAAAUAAAUCAUUUUAGCACCACA